AUGACCUUUGAGAAUAAGCAAAAUGGAUCGACUGGUGACUCUACCAGCCUAGAGGGCAACUUUGCCCAGAUGAACGUCGGCGAAAACGGAAAGGCUCCCAACGGAAACGGAACUGAAGCACCCCGCAAGACGGCCUACGUACCCCCUCACAUUCGCAAGGGACUUUCGUCCCAAGCUCCUUCUUUUACGCCAAGAACCAAUGGGCACUCUCCAGAGGCCCCUCCCAUGAGGGCCGCUCUUGGCGGCGCCCCCGCUCCCUCGUACAACGCAUUCGGCGGCGGCGCACCACGGACUGGUGGCGGUUUGGCAUCUCGAGCUGGUGGUGGUGGCUGGGAUGCUCCUUCAUCUUUCUCUAGCGGGCCUCGCGGAGGCGGUGGCGGAGCUGGCUUCGGUGGUGGUGGCGGCGCCGGCUUCGGUCAGUGGCGUGAUGGCGCCCAUCAAGUCGGAGCCGUGAACCAGCGACUGCAGAAGGAGCUCUUUGGUGAGACCGGAGAUGGUCUUUCGCAGGGAACGGGCAUCAACUUCGACAAGUACGGCGACAUUCCCGUGGAGGCCACUGGUCGCGACUGCCCCGAGCCCGUCACGGAAUUCACUUCGCCUCCCAUCGAUGCUCACCUGCUGGACAACAUCAAGCUUGCCCGCUACACCACGCCGACGCCUGUGCAAAAGUACUCUAUUCCCAUUGUCGCGCAAGGCCGGGACCUCAUGGGCUGUGCUCAGACUGGUUCGGGCAAGACGGGCGGUUUCCUCUUCCCCAUUCUCUCGGCCCUCUUCACUCACGGUCCCCCACCACCACCGCCGGAGAUGGCGAACGGCGGCUUCGGACGGAGAAAGGCUUUCCCUACCACCCUUAUCCUAGCUCCUACCCGCGAGCUGGUUUCUCAGAUCCACGAAGAAGCACGCAAGUUCACUUACCGAUCGUGGGUGAAGCCUGCCGUUGUCUACGGUGGUGCCGACAUUGGCCAGCAGCUUCGCCAAAUCGAGCGCGGCUGCGACCUGCUCUCGGCUACGCCCGGUCGUCUUGUCGACCUCAUUGAGCGUGGCAGAAUUAGCCUGGCCAAUGUCCGCUUCCUCGUUCUCGAUGAGGCUGACCGCAUGCUCGACAUGGGUUUCGAGCCCCAGAUUCGUCGCAUCGUUGAAGGCGAGGACAUGCCUGGUGUCAUGGAUCGCCAGACGCUCAUGUUCUCGGCCACUUUCCCCCGCGACAUUCAGCUCCUGGCCAAGGAUUUCCUGAAAGAAUACGUCUUCUUGUCCGUCGGACGAGUUGGCUCCACCUCGGAGAACAUCACGCAGAAGAUUGAGUAUGUGGAGGACGAAGAGAAGCGUUCGGUUCUUCUCGACGUCCUCCAGUCGAUGCCGACUGGCGGCUUGACGCUCAUCUUCGUGGAGACGAAGCGUAUGGCCGACAUGCUCUCGGACUUCCUCCUGCGCUCAAACAUCGGCGCCACUUCCAUCCACGGCGACCGCACGCAGCGCGAGCGUGAACGAGCCCUUGAGCUCUUCCGUACGGGCAAGACGCCCAUCAUGGUCGCCACAGCUGUCGCUGCCCGAGGUCUCGAUAUCCCCAACGUCACGCACGUUGUUAACUACGACCUCCCCUCCGACAUCGACGACUACGUUCACCGAAUCGGCCGUACCGGACGUGCCGGCAACACUGGUCACUCCACGGCCUUCUUCAACCGUGGAAACCGCAACAUCGUCAGGGACCUCUGUGACCUUCUCAAGGAGGCCAACCAGGAGGUGCCUUCGUGGCUUGAGGCCGUCUCGCGCGAGUCUGCCUUUGGCGGCGGCGGCGGCUUCCGCGGACGCGGCGGUAGCCGAGGAGGCUCUCGCGGUGGACGCGGCGCCAGCUUUGCGGGUCGUGAUGCACGCUUCUCCGGCGGCGGUGGUGGCGGCUUUGGAGGCGGCUUUGGCGCCAAGACCGGCGGAGGCUACGGAGGUGGCUUCGGCGGCCCUCCUAACAUGAGCGCCGGCGGUUUUGGUGGACCCCCGCCUACCAAUGGUGGCGGCAGCUACGGUGGUGCUGGUGGUCCCUCUUGGUGGUGA